AUGCCGCUGAUCACAAAGCUCAUUCUCGCGCUCACCAUCGGCUCUGCGCAGCCGCUCCGCCAGCCCGUCGGCCGCAUUACGUCGCUCGACCGGCGAAAGCUAGUCGCGAGCGUGUCCGACUCGGAGUUCUACAAAUCUCCGCGGCUCGUGGCGCACGCCGACGACGCCUUCCUGCGCAAGCUGACUGCGCUGUACCGCGAGCGGCUCCCAGCGGGCGGAGUGCUGCUCGACCUGAUGUCGUCGCACAUCUCUCACCUCCCGCCAGCGAUGUCCUUCGCGCGGGUCGACGGCCAUGGAAUGAACGCCGAGGAGCUGUCCAAGAACCCCGCCUUUGCGGGUGGCCAGUGGUGGGUGCAGGACCUAAACGAGGACCCGGCGCUCUCGUUCGCCGCCGACGGCGAGUACGACGCCGUGUUGUGCAUGGCGGGCGUGCAGUACCUCCAGGAGCCCGAGAGCGUCUUUGCCGAGUGCAGUCGCGUGCUCAAGCCGAAUGGCGUGAUGAUUGUCGCAUUCACGAACAGCUUCUUCUACCAGAAGGCCAUCUACGGUUGGAGCGAGAGGGGCAUGGCGACGCGCGCAAAGCUCGUGAGGGACUACAUGCGGGCGGCGGGCGGCUUCGACGACAUAACAGUCGAGGGCGAUGGCACCGGCCUCGUCGCGCAGCUAGCCAGCAUUGGGGGUCUGGGCGGCGACCCCUUCGCGGCGGUCGUGGGGCGGAAGAACGGCAGCUAG